CUGUAUGUUUGGACUUCAAAUUUCUUCAUAGAGACCCUUUGCUUCCUUCUCUCAGGCGAUCCUGAUUCUCCUUCUAAAGGUUAGUCAGAUCCAUUCCUCCUUCCAUAGUUUCUUCAAUAUUACUGCUAGAUUUUUGUUUACUUCAAACCUAACAUCGAAGUUCUCUUAAAGUUUUGCAUAUAAUCCCAUUUCUCGAUCUGGAUUUUCCCUGAUCUGAUAAAAUUUGGACUUAAUGGGUAAUAUUGGGAUCUGGGUGUUUGCAACGUGUUUGAUAAUUCAAUCUGGAUAUGGCUUUUAUCUGCCUGGUAGUUACCCUCACAAACAUUUGGUUGGAGGCUACUUGUCUGUCAAAGUGAAUUCUAUAACUUCCAUUGACACUGAAAUGCCCUUUAGCUAUUAUAGUUUACCCUUCUGUAAGCCAAAAGAGGGUGUUAAGGAUAGUGCUGAGAACCUUGGUGAGCUUCUCAUGGGUGAUCGGAUUGAGAACUCGCCGUAUAGGUUUAAGAUGUAUACAAAUGAGACUCAGAUCUUCUUGUGUCAAUCCGAUAAGUUAUCGGCGGAUGAUUUUAGGUUGCUGAAGGAGAGGAUUGAUGAGAUGUAUCAAGUUAACUUGAUUCUAGAAAAUUUGCCUGCAAUAAGAUAUACUAUGAAGGAAGGUCUUACAUUGAGGUGGACCGGAUAUCCUGUUGGGGUUAAGGUUCAGGACGCUUAUUAUGUGUUUAAUCAUUUGAAAUUUAAGGUGCUUGUUCAUAAGUACGAGGAGACGAAUGUGGCACGUAUGAUGGGGACGGGGGAGGCUGAGGUUAUUCCUGGUAUUGACAAUGGGGGAUCACCUGUGCCUGGGUAUAUGGUUGUUGGUUUUGAGGUGGUUCCUUGCAAUGUCAUGCAUAAUGGUAACUUGGUUAGGAACUUGAAAAUGUAUGAAAAGUACCCAUCUCCGAUUAAAUGUGACCAAACUAGUGUGUCAAUGCCCAUCAAGGAAGGAGAGCCAAUUGUCUUCACCUAUGAGGUAGCUUUUGAGGAGAGUGAUAUUAAGUGGCCAUCUCGUUGGGAUGCUUAUUUGAAGAUGGAGGGAUCCAAAGUUCAUUGGUUCUCAAUCUUGAAUUCUCUUAUGGUGAUCACUUUCCUUGCUGGUAUUGUCCUUGUGAUCUUCUUAAGGACCGUCAGGCGGGAUCUUACCCGUUAUGAGGAGCUUGACAGGGCCCAAGCACAAAUGACCGAGGAGUUAUCUGGGUGGAAGCUAGUUGUCGGGGAUGUUUUUCGUGCCCCAUCUAAUCCUGCUCUUUUGUGUGUUAUGGUUGGGGAUGGAGUUCAGAUCCUUGGGAUGGCUGUUGUAACAAUAUUAUUUGCUGCUCUCGGAUUUAUGUCACCAGCAUCCCGUGGAACUCUUAUUACUGGUAUGCUAUUUUUCUACCUGAUUCUUGGUAUUGCAGCUGGUUAUGUUUCAGUUCGUCUUUGGAGAACGAUUGGCUGUGGCGAUCACAGAGGAUGGGCUUCUGUCGCUUGGAAGGCUGCUUGUUUCUUCCCUGGCAUUGCCUUCCUGAUACUAACCACUUUGAAUUUCCUGUUGUGGGGAAGUCACAGCACAGGAGCUAUUCCAUUUUCUCUGUUUGUUAUUCUACUUCUACUUUGGUUCUGCAUCUCGGUUCCACUCACCCUAGUUGGUGGAUACUUUGGGGCUAAAGCACCUCAUAUUGAAUACCCUGUUCGAACCAAUCAGAUUCCUCGGGAAAUUCCAGCUCAAAAGUACCCAUCCUGGCUGUUGGUUCUUGGUGCUGGGACUCUUCCUUUUGGUACGCUUUUCAUCGAGCUUUUCUUCAUCAUGUCUAGCAUUUGGAUGGGGCGAGUUUAUUAUGUCUUUGGCUUUCUGCUCAUUGUUCUGAUCCUGCUUGUUGUGGUUUGCGCUGAAGUAUCUUUGGUGUUAACUUACAUGCAUCUCUGUGUGGAGGACUGGAAAUGGUGGUGGAAGUCCUUCUUUGCUUCAGGUUCAGUUGCUAUCUACAUCUUCUUGUACUCCAUAAAUUAUCUCAUAUUCGAUCUUAAGAGUUUGAGCGGACCUGUGUCUGCGACUCUCUACUUGGGGUAUUCUCUCUUCAUGGUUCUAGCAGUCAUGUUUGCAACGGGCACAAUUGGAUUCCUUUCGUCUUUCUGGUUCGUGCAUUAUUUAUUUUCUUCGGUAAAGCUGGAUUGAAGAAACUUCUCCCAACAUAAAAAAAUGGAUCAUCAAUGUGGUAACUGGUCCUAAUUGAAGAGGCUCUGGAGAAAAGAAUACUAUCCCUUUACACUACUCAUUCGCCAGUUACUUGAUACUUUGAGGGUUGUUUUUUUAGGAAACUUUAGUAAAUGUAAUAAUAAUUUUGCACAGUUUUGUUUAGUUCUUUGUAUUGGAGACUGCUUUGGGUUGUGUUG